AUGAGCUAUUACUCUGAGGUCUCUGAAAGACCCUCGGAGCGUGCGAGAUGGACCCCCUUGACGAGAAUGUUGCUGUCCGGCGAGAUGACGCAAGAGAGACAACAAGAGUUAUCGUCAAGAGAGAAAUUUGAUCGGUGGAUGAUUAAUGAAGGCUAUAGACGAGUGUUCGUCUUCGUCUUUAUGGUCACCCAUGCACUCAUGUUUGCAUUCGCUUCGGUCCAUUACGCGAUGAAGGAUAGUUUGCAAGGCGCCAGAGACAUAUUCGGCUUUACAUUUGUUAUCGCUCGAUCAUCAGCCGUUGUUUUGCAUGUCGACGUCGGCAUCAUUCUCUUCCCAGUUUGCCGAACACUAAUAUCGCUAAUGCGACAGACUCCUCUCAACGGAAUUAUUCAGUUCGAUAAAAACAUAACAUUUCACAUCACGACCGCGUGGUCCAUUGUCUUCUUUUCCUGGGUCCACACGAUAGCCCACUGGAACAACUUUGCUCAGGUUGCGGCCAAGAACAACCUUGGAUUUUAUGGAUUUCUCCUUGCCAACUUCGCAUCUGGACCCGGAUGGACUGGAUACGUGAUGCUCGUUGCGUUGAUGGGCAUGGUUUUGACUUCUGUUGAAAAACCCCGCCGAGCAAAUUAUGAGCGCUUCUGGUAUACACACCACAUGUUCAUCAUCUUCUUUUUCUUCUGGUCUUUACACGGUGCCUUCUGCAUGAUUCAACCAGAUGUCGCGCCGUUUUGUGCCAGCAUCGGCGCCUCGGCGAUUGGUGUGUUUUGGCAAUACUGGAUGUAUUCCGGUUUUGUCUACCUGGCAGAGCGAGUUGCUCGUGAGAUCCGUGGCCGACACAAGACGUACAUCUCCAAAGUUAUCCAACAUCCCAGCCAAGUCUGUGAAAUCCAGGUCAAGAAGGAGAAUACCAAGACCCGAGCAGGCCAGUAUAUUUUCUUCUGCUGCCCAGCCGUCUCACUCUGGCAAUACCACCCCUUCACGCUUACAAGCGCUCCGGAGGAGGACUACAUCUCAAUUCACAUGCGAUGCCAAGGCGACUUUACCAUGGCAGUAUCGAAAGCUCUGGGCUGUGAAUGGGGCAAGAAAGGGGAUACCAGCAAGGUCGUUGGUGUAGAUGGGGAUAGCGCUGGUGUUGAUCCGGCACUACGCAGAGUCUUGCCGCGGGUGUACAUUGACGGUCCUUUUGGGUCAGCGUCAGAAGAUGUUUUCAAGUACGAGGUUUCGAUACUUGUUGGUGCUGGUAUUGGUGUCACGCCUUUCGCUUCCAUCCUCAAAUCUAUCUGGUACCGAAUGAACUACCCGCAGAAGAAGACUCGUUUGUCCAAGGUGUACUUCUUCUGGAUCUGUCGUGACUUUGGAUCCUUUGAGUGGUUUCGAUCACUCCUUCUUGCGGUUGAGGCCCAGGAUCUGGAGAACCGAAUAGAGAUUCAUACGUAUUUGACCGCCAAGAUCAAAGCCGACGACGCAACAAACAUCAUGAUCAAUGAUGCGAAUGCCGACAAGGACACCAUCACGGGUCUUAGGAGUCCAACAAACUUUGGUCGGCCAAACUGGGACAUGAUCUUCCGUGGAAUCAGGAAGAUUCACAACCCGGGAGAAGCUGGUGUCUUCUUCUGUGGUCCCAAGGGUCUGGGCAGUGCACUACAUGUAUACUGCAACAAGUACACCGAGCCUGGAUUCUCAUUUGUUUGGGGCAAAGAAAAUUUCUAG